AUGAGUAGAAAGAAUGACCUGACGGGGCAAGAGCAAGGAAGCCCCGCCCAUCCCGGAAGAGGGAAGUGGCCUGUUCUGGCUGGCGCAGUCCGUCCUUCCCUGGCCAUGGCCGCCACGCGGGGCUUGGAGUGGCUUUUUUCCUUUUAUUUCUUCACCCACAUCCCCAUCACUUUGCUGGUGGAUCUGCAGCCUCUCCUCCCUGGAGUUUAUCCUCACCAAUUGACAGAUGUGUUGACCUCGUACACGGCCUCCUUUAAAGACCCCCUGAUGGCGAACCCCCCUCCCUGGUUCAAGGCGUUCAUUUACGUGGAAGCCUUUUUACACCUGCCUUUCUUCCCCAUAGCGGCCUACGCCUUCUGGAAAGGUAACUGCAGGUGGAUCCGGACCCCGGCCAUCAUCUACGCCACCCACGUGGCCACCACCUUGACAGCCAUCCUGCCCCACGUCCUGUUUGGCGACUUCUCCAAGUCCCGGCCCCCGGGCCCCCAGACGCCCCGCGAGCGCUUGGCCCUGGCCUCCGUCUACCUGCCCUACUUGCUGGUCCCGCUCCUGAUCCUCUUCACCAUGCUGCUCAGCCCUGCCUACAACCAGGUGGAAAAAAGGAAAAAGAAAUAAUUGGGGGGGGGGGGUAGACAAAAGAAAGGCUUGUUUCAGGACUAGAGAAUAGAUGGACCUAUGGACCCUUGAAAUCAUACGUAAUAGCAAACCCUGUAUUUUGACUAUAUUUGGGCUGGAACCACAUCGGAGGACUUCCGAAAGGCCACUUCUGCAGCAGGGAUAUUUUUGGGAAUCUGUAGAUAAGGGUCCUGUAUUUCCAAUAAUAGUUAGAUAAAAUAUUCCUGUCCUCAUUUAACUUUCUCAUAUGUAAUGGAAAGAGCUGAAUUAAAACAAACUGGAAACUACA